AUGCUGGAGAGGCUGAACACCAAGGAGAAAUUGAUGAAGAUUGGUGUCACCCCUGAUAAUUGGUGCCUAAUAUGUGACACUGAUGUUGAAAGCCACUCACAUCUGUUUUUCAGAUGUGAAUACAACAAGCAAUGCUGGUCUGACAUUGCUGUUUGGUUAGGUAUUCAUACCAGUCACUAUGAUCUUGUUUCUCUGAUUCAGUGGACUCAUAGGAAGAAGCUUUCCAGAUUAAAGAAAUGUGUCAUAUAUUGCAGCAUACUUAGCACUGUCUAUCAUGUAUGGUGUGAGAGGAACAAUGCUCUUUGGAAUGGUCAGAUUAGAGUUCCUAGUACAGUGUGUAAGAAUAUCAAAUUUUGUGUACAUAAUAGAAUUAGCAACAUUCUCCUUAGGAAUGUCAACCCUGGUGAUCACAGUUGGUUUUCCAACUUGUGUGAGGGGUAG